UGAAGCUCACGGACACACUCACACAUCAAGCCACAGGCAGGCAUGCUACAAGACAGACUGGCGGACAGAUAGGCAGCAGGAAGGAGCCAUGAACCAAACAGGGGACAGCAUCAGCUCAGCCACCAACAGCCGACACGUCUCGCAGCACUGAACACUUUACUUUCAAAAGCCUCAGCUUAGCUUGACUGAGGCAAAAAUAACCCCAAUAACAAGACGCGAUGAGGAGUGCCUGACUGUUUUAGUUUUUUCGGGCUGUGGAUUAGGGGGUGUUUUGUCCACUUGUUCAGAAGUUGCCGAAGCUGUGGAAUUACUUGAAUGAGCCGGAGGAGGACUAAGGCCAGUAUGGUGUUCAGCUGGCAGAAGUCAUUCGCCAUUCUAACACCAUGGAGGAAAGGGAAGGGAGAGAAUUUGCUAGACAAUGAGGUCGUCCUGACCAAGAUGAAGCUCUUCAACAACUUCCACGAGAAGCUCUGCAACCGCACAGAUGAUUCUUUAUCGACAAUCUCUGUGUCAGUGUCUGAGCAGGACAUCUCAGAACCUGUCAAAGCCUUGGAUGGGAAUGCUGACCUAAAAGACGUGGCUUGUCAGCCCCUGAUGGACUCCAGCACAGACUACCUGUCUGACAUUUUCUCUGACUCUCAGCUUCCCAGGCUGUACAAAUUCGAGUCAGAGGACUCUGGAGUGGAACUUCCCAGCGGUGCCAACUCUCCUUCCACACCGACCGGCUCUGAACAAAGCUUUGUGGUCCAUAGCCGGGAGCCGUCCUGUGACUCCUGUAACCUCACCACUCCUCUGCCUACAUCUGAGUCUCCCCUCGCGCGUGAACGGUGCUCGGACGCGGAAGGAACGGAGGAUGUGAGAGACACGCCGUGUGUGACUGCAGACAGUGUUGUGCAGCAGGUUGUUAUCGAGGAGCUGGAGGCUGAGGUCAGCACAAGAGUGGGUGGGGCCGACCUUCACAUAACUGAGGAAGAUGUCGAUUUGAAGACGGUCCUAGCCACCGCCGAGGACAGGGGGUCGGGUUCAGAGCGCUCGGGUGAUAACGGGACUGUGACCGAGGGGGUUUACCCGGAGGAUGAGAGGCCCAGGGGCCAGCGCCCAGGGGCCUGUGACGAUAUGACAGGUGUUGACUUCGAGCAACACCCACUGAGGAAAAGCGUGACGAAUGACAGCCUGGAGGAGUAUAUGGAAGAAUGCUGCAGACUGAGUGAGGUACGCCAGGCCAGCUCCAACCCCCUGGGCUCUGGACUGGGAUACUUGGAGCACAUCUGCCAGCUCAUUGAGAAGAUCGGUCAGCUCCAAGAUCACAACCUUCGGCUACAGAAGCAGAUCUGUGGCCUGCAGAAAAGUGGAAAGAUGACUAAGAUCAAAGAGGACUUCUUCCUGCAGCACUGUAGCUGUGGGACCGCAAGCAUGGCUUUCCAGGAGAAUAAGAGGCACUCCAGGAGUGAGUUCCCCAGCUCCUCCGUAAGCGGUACCCUUUCUGAUCUGUCCACCAUCCCUGAGAUCACACGGCACCCAGGACUCCCUGACAGGACAGAGAGUGACCGGGGAGAAUGCCAGCCCCUCGUGUCUCUUUGGGGGAGAGGCCUGAAUCGGAGAAGUUACACAGAGGGGGAGACACGCUCCUUUCUCUAUGACAGUAUGGAGGGUCUCUCUGUACCAAGCAGACGGCUAAGUGAGAACUUGACCUGGGGCAGAGUGAAGGAUCUGGUGAAGAAGACCAAGCUGAGAAACCAGAGCAAACUUGGCCUGACAUCCACCUCUCUGAAGAGAUCCUGUCCACAGCUCUACUGCCCUGACCUGGGACUAGUAGAACGAGCGGGAAGAAACAGGAACUCCAUGAUUGCCUUGGGCCAUCAGAACAGACUUGACUUCCCGUGGCCCCAAUAACAAGAUAUGAAACAGAUGGCCCAGAGGGGGAAGAGACUGCCCUGAAGAGGAAGACAAAGUAAAGUUGCACAGAUUGUUGACUGGACAGAGAAAGUUUUCUAAAAGGUUUGAAAGAACACUUAAGAUGGAUGACAAAAUCUUGAUUGACCCUUGAGAAGAAAAGGGGAGAUUUCAUUGUUUUAGGGAAUUGUAUUUAUAUGAGAACAGACAUCCAUUUAUGCCACAAUGGACAAUAAAAUGAUAAUAAUUAUUUAAUUGUGUACUAUAAACCUAUAUGGUCCGCUUCCUCAAAAUACUGUAUAUUUAAAGGAAUUCAUUUCAAGAGUAUGUGUUGAUGGAACAAACCAUAUAAUAUGGUAGUUCCAACCAAGAAACAAAAGUCUUGGAUUAAAUAAAUGUAACUUAAUUUCAGACAAUAAUUACUGCCACUUAACUAUAAAGUUUGCUGGUUGUAUCUUGUCUAUGCUAAGGUUUACUCCCUAAUUGAACAGGGCUGACAAAGUCUGCUGCAUAAAAAUAAUCCAGUUUUCCUAAUUUGCUUGAGCACUUCCAGUCCAUGUAGUAUUCACACAAAAACAAGCAGGUCCAAACAACGACACCCAAAACAAUGAAUACAUGCUGCAUAAUUAAGUACUUGCAUCAAAAUCUAUAUGUUUUCAUCUCUUGAUAUGCUGUUCCAACCAAUCAUUACCGAAUGGCCCAAUAAAUACUAACUACAGCUAUCAAUAUAUCUUAGCACAGUAAACCCCCUUUUCUAUGUUUUGAAGAUUUUUCAAUAGUGUAAUUAUAGUUAAUACCAUAAAAGGUAAGUAAAUAUAUUACAGUAUCGCAGCAUGGGAUGUUUUUUUCUCACUAAAAUUGUUUUACUAAAGAUGAUGAAUGCAGAAUGUCACUAAAGAGAAUGAACAUCAAGAAACCAACUGCUUUACAGGGUUUAUUUAAAAAUGUUCUGGUAUAAUGCAACGGACAAUAAAAUACUCCAAACUAACAAGUCAGUGCAAAAACAAAGCAAUUUCUGAAACAUAUUUUACACAUAUAUUGUACUCCAUAAAAAGCAUUGUAACUUACCUAAUGUCAUCUAUUGUCAUAUUCUUAGUCUCAAACCCUUGGACAAAUGUGAAACAUAGCACACAUAUUUCAGAAUUACUUAAUUACAGCAUUAAACCUAUUUUUUGAGAAUUAUCUUCUUGUUUUAAAUCUAGGCCCACUGGGCUAUUUGUGUAAGCACUAUACAGGGUUGAUUACAGUGAUGUUGUGUGUAUGUGCUGUAUAUAAUAGAAGUCUAUGCGGUGUGUACAGUCAGUGUGUUUGUACAGGGGGAGAAGUCACAUGUGAGUAAAUUCCUUAGUCUGAUGGAAAUGUGUCAUUUUUAUAGAUUGAGGUUCCAUAAUCCUUAAAGAUAAAGAAAUCACUGCCUGCCUGUCAUCAGUUGUUACAAAAUGUUUGUAAUAUAUUGCCAUCUGUUUUUUAAUGUUACUCUGACUUAUAUAUGUUUAACAAAGUCAAGAAAAAAAAGAUUGCUCAUUUGAUAUUACUAUAAGAUUUGUAUUUAUAUUUUAUUAGGAUGCUGUUGAUUAUGUUCAUUAUCAAAAUAUGAUUUUUUUUAUUGGGACAUGCCAAAUCCUGUUUGUUGGGAUAAGUGAUGUAUCUUCUCUUCACAACUGCUAAAAAUCUUAAUGAGGUUCCUUUGAUGGAAUCUAGGCUAAACGAGUGCCACGGUACCUUGGAAAUGUCACUGAUUAACUAAAAGGAAAAUGUAUUAAUGUGUUAAAAGGAUAAUACAAUUUCUCAAAAAAGCCUGAACCAUUUACUGAAAUGUUCUGUGUUGUUUUUGAGAAUUUACUGAGACAAAAAACAGACUUUUGAUACUGUACCUAUCCAAAGCUAAUGAGUUUUACAUAACAUCAUCUUGUACUGAAAAUAAUAAUAAUGCACAUGUACCAAACUGAAUAAACGUAACUCUAGAUA